AUGUCGAUCUUUGCAUCUGCGCCAAAGCCAAAAAGCCUUCUGGGAUAUCACCGUGUGCUGGCGCCAUCAGCCGGCGUUAAGGUCUCACCACUAUGCUUGGGAACAAUGAAUUUUGGUGAUGCUUGGAAGGAGUUCAUGGGCGAGUGUGACAAAGAGCGGUCGUUUGAGGUGCUUGAUGCAUUCUACAAGCUAGGAGGCAACUUCCUCGAUACGGCCAACAAUUACCAGAAUGAGGAAUCAGAGACAUGGAUAGGUGAGUGGAUGAAAGCUCGAGGCAACCGGGAGCAGCUUGUACUUGCUACAAAAUACACGACAGGUUUCCGCAACGCACAUCGUGACAAGGAGCCACUGCAAUCGAAUUACGUCGGUAACUCAAUGAAGAGUAUGCGCACAUCGGUUGAACAUAGUCUCAUGAAGCUUCAAACCGACUACAUCGACCUUCUCUAUCUGCACUGGUGGGAUUUUACCACCUCGGUUGAAGAGGUUAUGCACGGUCUCAAUAACCUCAUCACCUCCGGUAAAGUCCUUUAUCUCGGUAUUUCUGACACUCCAGCCUGGCUCGUUGUAAAAGCGAACGACUACGCUAAAGCCAACGGCUUGCGGCCCUUUUCAGUGUAUCAAGGAAAAUGGAAUGCUGGUUUUCGAGACAUGGAGAGGGAGAUUAUCCCGAUGUGUCGUGACCAGGGCAUGGCAAUCUGCCCAUGGGCGCCACUAGGACAGGGCAAGUUUAAAUCCGCAGAGGCUCGGGGACUUGGUGAGAAGGGCAGCGCUCGUGGCUCCGACCUGUCAGAGAACGACAUCAAGAUCUCGGAUGCUCUGGAGUCGAUCGCCAACAAAAAUAGCACCACCCUUCAUGCGAUUGCACUCGCAUACGUCAUGCACAAGACACCGUUUGUCCACCCGAUCGUGGGCCAGCGAAGCGUCAAGCAUUUGGUAUCCAACAUUGAAGCAUUGAGCGUGUCACUCUCCAAUGAAGACAUCUUGGUCAUUGACAAAGCAGCCCCCUUCGACAUCGGCUUCCCGAUGAACUUCAUCUUUAGAGAAUAUAGUUCCACUGUCACCGCGUCCGAUGUCAUGCUAACAAGAUCAACUGCGCUGAUCGAUGUACCACCUAACCCUGCGCCAACGAAACCACAUAAGAAAAACGACAUUGCUUAA